AGGACCAAAUAAGAGAGAAAAACUAACUGAACUACCUCUUAGUGUCUGGAAUUUACCUUUUCCUGACUUAUUGUUAAACUUCGUGCAUGGCUUUUAUUAAAAAAGAAAAAAUCUGUUCUCUCCUUUGUUCCAGUCAUUCCCAAACAACAUCUAAUAGUCUCCCAUAUUUUCUACACAUUUCCUAGUUUUGUUUUCAGAAUUUUUUCUUUAUUGUCUUGAAGUCAUAUUUAUUAUGAAAACAUACUUGCUAUGCUCUGAACAGUAAUGUUAGAUAGUUUAGGUUGAAGCAUUGUGUUUGUUUAGGCAAUCACUUCAAGGUUAAAGCUAUUAAUAUUUUUUUAGUUGGCUGCAGAUGAAAUCCUAAUUGUUUAAAGAGCCUAUCACUUGUGACAGUCUUCAGAAGGAAUCAGUUUAUGAAAUAAAAGUUUGUUUUCCUCGUGGGGUUUUAAAAGUUUUAGACUGCAAAGGAAAUUCUUUAAAAAUAAUUGUAAAUUUCAAAACUGAUUUACUUAGAAAUGUUUGUUUAAGCCUGAGUUUGGGCCAGAUAUUAUCCUGAGCUCUAGAAAUUGUAUAGAAGAAAGAAACAGAACUUAAAGAAGUCAAGAAUUGAGUGGGUGGAGAAGAGGAGGUUAAAGGGAGUAAGCAAAUCAUAAUGUGUUGGGGUUUUCACAGAUAAAUAGUUAAGCUGUGAUGCUGUGUUGCAGAAUACAAAUGGAGAGAUUUGCAUGGGAUGCAGAAAUAUGGAAGACUAACCAAGCAAACCAGGAGAGACCAGCAAUAGUGUCCCAGAGACCAUGAUGUCUGAGCCCAGUUUUGGAAGAAUACUUUCUUUCCAGGCUGGGCAUGGUGGCUCACACCUGUAAUCCCAGCACUUUGGGAGGCCAAGACAAGAGGAUUGCUUGAGCCCAGGAGUUCGAGACCAGCCUGAGCAACAACAACAACAACAAAAUUAGCCAGGCAUAGUGGUGCACAUCUGUAGUCCCAGCUACUUGGGAGGCUGAGCUCUGCCUCCUUUGGCUUCUGUCCCUCCCCAAGGAAGAACCCCAGAGGAAGGAAGGAGAAAGCAAUGGCUGCUUGGCCUCUGCCAUUGGGAGCUCGGAGUCUUGCUCUCUCGCCCAGGCUGGAGUGGAAUGGCGCGAUCUUGGCUCACUGCAACUUCUGCCUGCCGGGUUCAAGGAAUUCUCUUGCCUCAGCCUCCUCAGUAGCUGGGACUACAGGCACGUGCCACCACACCUGGCUAAUUUUUUGUAUUUUUAGUAGAGACAGGGUUUCACCAUGCUGCCAGGCUGGUCUCGAACUCCUGACCUCGUGAUCUGCCUGCCUCGGCCUCCCAAAGUGCUGGGAUUACAGGUGUGAGCCACCAUGCCUGGCCCAUUUUGGUAUUUCAUAAAGCAAGUCUCCCCUCAUUUUUCUUUUCAAAAGUUUCAUUACUGUUCUCAUAUAUUUAUCCUUAUAGUCGAAUUUUAUUAUCAAGUUUCAACAGUAAUAGUAAAAAAGUAAAAUUAGGCAGUUCUGAUUUGAAUUUCAAAGUGUGUAAGUCAAUUUGAGGAAGACUGGCAUCUUUAUGUUUAUUCUUCAUAUUAAGUAAAAAAAAAAAAAUGAUGCUUUAUUCUAUUCAGAUCUUUCAUUAUGGCCUAUGGCCUUUGUUAACGCUUUACAGACUAGUCAUGAAGAUCUUGCAUAUUUCUCUUAAAUGUAUUCUUAGAUGUUUCAUUUUUGUUGCUGUUGUAAUUGGAGUUUAAAUGUGAUUGUGAUUUUGUAAAGAAAAAAAUUUGGAUGGCUAAGUAUUGUAUCUGAAGACAUUUUGCUGCUGUGGUGCCUAAAACUUCAUCACUAUCAUAUUUUCUUUUUUUUUUUUGAGACGGAGUCUCGCUCUGUCACCCAGGCUUGGAGUGCAGUGGUGUGAUCUCGGCUCACUGCAAGCUCUGCCUCCCAGGUUCAUGCCACUCUCCUGCCUCAGCCUCCCGAGUAGCUGGGACUACAGGCGCCCGCCACCACGCCUGGCUAAUUCUUUGUAUUUUUAGUAGAGAUGGGGUUUCACCGUGUUAGCCAGGAUGGUCUUGAUCUCCUGACCUCCUGAUCUCUGCCCGCCUUGGCCUCCCAAAGUGCUGGGAUUACAGGCGUGAGCCACCGCACCCGGCCCAUAUUUUCUUUAUAAAUUAUACUUUCAUCAUUUACAAUGUCCUUAUUCUAUUGGAUAUGCAGUUUUUUCAAACAAUAACUGUAUCAAAAAGCCUUUGUUUUUAGGUUUAAGAAAACCUCCGUAUGAGUAAGAUAAACCCAUGAAGCUCCUUAAACACUGUGAGGUAUCCUGUACUGAAUGUAGUGCUAGGGGAAAAUGACUCAUUCUAAAUGGAAAGGAGGAAAGGAACAAAACAUCUUAAGGAACUGAUGACAAAUGUAUGAUAUUACUAAGUUUCAUGUUCAUUUUUUUUUCUUUUUUCUUUUUUUUUUUUUGGAGACAAGGCCUGGGCCCAGACUGGACUACAGUGGUGUGAUCUCAGCCCGCUGCAACCUCUGCCUCCUGAGCUCAAGCCAUGUUCCCACCUCAGCCUCCCGAAUAGCUGGGACCACAGGUGCACACUACCACGCCCAGCCAAUUUUUGUCUUUUUUGUAGAGACAAGGUUUCGUCAUGUUACCCAGGCUGGUCUCGAACUCCUGAGCUCAAGCCAUCCGCCACCUGCCUUGGCCUCCCAAAGUGCUGCUAUUACAGGCUUUCAGGAGUCAGUGACCUUCAAGGAUGUGUCCAUAGAUUUCUCUUGGGAAGAGUGGAUUCAAGCAGAUUCUGCUCAGAGGAUGACCGUGUAUGAGGAGGUGAUGCUGGAGAACUACAGGAACCUGGUCUCACUGGCAGGAAAUCACCUUUCCAAACCCAGUGGGACUUCCCAGCUGGAACGAGAAGAACUGAGUCUGACGCAAAAAGAACCACCUGAGGGUGGCUUUCGAGCCGGGCAUGGUUGCAUGCACCUGUAAUCCCAGCUACUCGGGAGGCUGAGGUGCAAGAAUCACUUCAACUCGGGAGGCAGAGGUUGCGAUUUUCUUGGAUAUUGCUGCCAGAUUAAUCUGACAUUUAGUCCUCUCAUUAUCCUGUCCCAGUCAAGAGGAGAAAGUAUUGACUGAGUGCUGUGCUCAGCUCUUCCGCAGCCAGCAUCUCACUUACUUGACACAAAACGUCUAUAGAUUGGGAGACAAGACUUGAAACCAAAGAGCCAACUCCAAAGCCCACAAUAUUACUGAAGAUUUAUGCGAUGGGUUAACAAUGGAAAAGGAAGGUAUCUGGCAUUCUACUCUAGGGGAAACCUGGGAACCUAAUAAUUGGUUAGAGGGACAACAGGAUAGUCAUCUGAGCCAAGUGGCAGUUACCCAUAAGGAGACCUUCACUGAGAUGAGAGUAUGUGGAGGUAAUGAAUUUGAAAGAUGUUCCAGCCAAGAUUCAAUCCUUGAUACACAACAAAGCAUUCCUAUGGUAAAAAGGCACCAUAACUGUAAUUCACAUGGAGAAGAUGCCACACAAAAUUCUGAGUUAAUUAAAACUCAAAGAAUGUUUGUAGGAAAGAAGAUCUAUGAAUGUAAUCAGUGCAACAAAACCUUCAGCCAGAGCUCAUCCCUUCUUAAGCACCAGAGGAUUCAUACUGGGGAGAAACCCUAUAAGUGUAAUGUAUGUGGGAAACACUUCAUUGAACGCUCCUCCCUUACUGUACAUCAAAGAAUUCAUACUGGAGAGAAACCCUAUAAAUGUAAUGAAUGUGGGAAAGCCUUUAGUCAGAGCAUGAACCUUACUGUCCAUCGGCGAACUCACACUGGAGAGAAACCCUAUCAGUGUAAAGAGUGUGGCAAAGCCUUCCAUAAGAAUUCGUCUCUUAUUCAGCAUGAAAGGAUUCAUACUGGAGAGAAACCCUACAAAUGUAAUGAAUGUGGGAAAGCUUUUACCCAAAGCAUGAAUUUGACAGUCCAUCAGAGAACUCAUACAGGAGAAAAACCCUAUGAAUGUAAUGAAUGUGGAAAAGCCUUCAGUCAAAGCAUGCAUCUUAUUGUACAUCAGAGAAGCCAUACUGGAGAAAAACCCUAUGAGUGUAGUCAAUGUGGAAAAGCCUUUAGUAAGAGCUCAACUCUUACCCUACAUCAGCGAAAUCACACUGGAGAAAAACCCUACAAAUGUAACAAAUGUGGGAAAUCCUUUAGCCAAAGUACAUAUCUUAUAGAACAUCAGAGACUUCAUUCUGGAGUAAAACCUUUUGAAUGUAAUCAGUGUGGAAAAGCUUUCAGUAAGAAUUCAUCUCUAACUCAACAUCGGAGAAUUCACACUGGAGAGAAACCUUACGAGUGUAUGGUAUGUGGAAAACAUUUCACUGGACGAUCAUCCCUUACCGUGCAUCAGGUUAUUCACACUGGAGAGAAACCUUAUGAGUGCAAUGAAUGUGGAAAGGCAUUCAGCCAGAGUGCUUACCUUAUUGAACAUCAAAGAAUUCAUACUGGUGAGAAACCCUAUGAAUGUGAUCAGUGUGGAAAAGCCUUCAUUAAGAAUUCAUCCCUUACAGUGCAUCAGAGAACUCAUACAGGAGAGAAACCCUAUCAGUGUAAUGAAUGCGGAAAAGCCUUCAGCCGGAGUACAAACCUUACACGACAUCAAAGAACUCAUACGUGAGUUCUUUGGCCCUUAUCUCAUGAUUAACUUUUCAGUAAUAAUCAUAUGAGACAUCAUACAAUGUAGAAAUCUAAUAAAUGUAAUGAUUGUGGGAAUCUUUCAGUGAAAGUACAAUAUAUCAGAUCAGAUAAUACCACUGCAGAGAAUCCAUCUAAAAGUAGAGAAAUCUUGAUUCGGAAGGUAUAACUUACUUUGUAUCAGAAGGUUUAAGCAGCUAAUAGAAACAAUGAAGACUCAUGCUGAAGAUAAGUUCUGUUUAUAUCAUACUGCACAUUCUCCUUUGGCCAUCAGAGACUUUACACUGGAGAGAAAAAUGUGAGCGUGUUUAACUGGACAGCCCAGAGACCUGGUAUGUAGUCCUAAUCUGCCACUGCCUUGGACAAGUUGCCUACUUCCAUCAGGUUAUGGUUCUUUAUUUGGUAAAUGAAUGAUUUUGGAGUUAGAAAUCUUGUAGGAGCUCUGUUAGCUCUAAAAUGCUACAGCCCUAUAAAUAUAAUGAAUGCUGGGAAAUCUU